AUGAGAGGCGAGGUUCUUCACGUCCACCUAGGCCAGGCUGGUGCCCAACUGGGUAACAGUGCUUGGGAGUUGUAUCUCCUCGAGCACGGGCUCGGAGCGGAUGGUCGCCCGGAUCCUAACGCUAAGGACAUCGCCGAAGGCGGUUCUUUCGAGACUUUCUUCACGGAGACUAGCAAUGGCAAAUACGUUCCGCGGUCCAUCUUUGUCGACCUGGACCCUUCCCCAAUUGACGAAAUCCGCACCGGUUCCUACCGCCAGUUGUUCCAUCCCGAGCUUCUGAUCAACGGGAAGGAGGAUGCCGCCAACAACUACGCCCGUGGGCACUACACCAUUGGCAAGGAGAUGAUUGACAAUGUCAUUGAUCGGAUCCGCCGUGUUGCCGACAACUGCCAGUCGCUUCAGGGUUUCCUGGUCUUCCACUCCUUUGGUGGUGGUACGGGGUCCGGUUUUGGUGCUCUCCUUCUUGAGCGUCUCUCGACCGACUAUGGCAAGAAGUGCAAGCUCGAAUUCACCGUUUACCCAGCGCCACGCCUCUCGUCAGCUGUUGUCGAGCCGUACAAUGCCGUCCUCUCUACUCACAGCACCAUCGAGAACUCUGACUGCACCUUCCUCGUUGACAACGAGGCCGUGUACGAUAUCUGCCGCCGGAAUCUGGACAUUCCCCGCCCGAGCUACGAGCACUUGAACCGCUUGAUUGCCCAAGUUGUCUCCUCGAUUACCUCUUCGCUGCGGUUCGAUGGCGCCUUGAACGUCGACUUGAACGAGUUCCAGACCAACCUGGUCCCGUACCCCCGUAUCCACUACCCGUUGAUCAGCUACGCCCCCGUUAUCUCCGCUGCCAAGAGCGCUCACGAGAGCUUCAAGGUCUCCGAUCUGACCUUCCAGUGCUUUGAGCCCAACAACCAGAUGGUUGUGUGCGACCCCCGCAAGGGCAAGUACAUGGCCGUCGCUCUCUUGUACCGUGGCGAUGUUGUCCACCGCGACUGUAGCGCGGCCGUGGCUCAGCUCAAGGCCAAGGCCUCGUUUAACCUGGUCGAGUGGUGCCCUACCGGUUUCAAGAUCGGUAUCAACUACCAAAAGCCCGUCGCCGUGCCUGCGGCCGCCGAGGAUGGUGGUCUCGCCGGCGUCGAUCGCUCCGUGUCCAUGCUGUCCAACACUACCGCAAUCGCUGAGGCAUGGUCGCGCCUCGACUACAAGUUCGACCUCAUGUACAGCAAGCGUGCCUUCGUUCACUGGUAUGUUGGUGAAGGUAUGGAGGAGGGUGAGUUCAGCGAGGCCCGCGAAGACCUGGCAGCCCUCGAGAAGGACUACGAGGAGGUGGCCGCCGAUUCCACGUACGAGCAGGAGGAGGGCGAGGUUGAUUACUAG